AUGAAUACCCCUCCAAGCUUCUUCAAUGAUGCGGUUGAUGUCGCAACACCAACUAACGAUGAAUUCCCCAGCGAUCAACCUCGGACACUAAAUCCAGAUUCUUUCCACUUCACGCCUCCAGAAGACAUCGGCUCGCCCAACAUCAUGUCGCACGACCCGUCAGCUUUUAUGCCCAUGCCGAGUGCCUGGGGCCCACUUGUCGGAAACCCACCGGCACUCUACGGUCACAAUUAUCAAGAGCAAUACACAACGAGGCAAGAAGACUUUGAUGAUCGGCCAACGCUUCUGCAUGUUUCCUCAGUGCCAACCUCCCAGUCGAGCGCAAGGGCCGAUUCGAACAAUUCUAUUCAAACGCAGACAUCCAAGUGGAGUAGGACGACUGAUCCUUCCAAUGCAAGCCCGCCGAGGAACAAGGGGAAAAGAGGCAAAGCUCCCACGCAAGAUAUGCACGACGGCAAAAGAGACAAGUUUCUCGAGAGGAACAGGAUCGCGGCAAGCAAGUGUCGCCAGAAGAAGAAGGAAUGGGUCUCGGAGUUGCAGGAAACUAAGCAGGGACUGGAGAACCAACACGCCCAAUUACAGAUGGAGUACAAUGGGCUGGUGGAUGAGGUUACGCGCAUGAAGAACGAGCUCAUGUCCCACGCCAACUGCAACGACCAGAACAUCAACUUGUGGCUCGAGAACGAAGCUCGACGCUUUGUUCAGGUGAGUGCCGAGCGUGUAAAAAAACAGAGUUUUGACGCUAGCCGGAUGGUGGGCGAAAGGCCACUCGGCAAUGAGGGUAGUUACAGGCCGUCGAUUGACAGCCGAAUGUCUUUAAUGUCUCCUGCACGCUCUGAGCGCGCAAUGACAAGCAUGUCUUCGAGGUCCGGCAGCAGUGCAGACAUCAACUACGACCACAUGCCAGACAGUGUGUUCGAACAGGCGUAA